UGGCAGUGUACAGGAGGAGUAUUGAGGGUAGAAGUUUCAUAACAAACUUUCUUCCUCUGCGCCGUAGUCGUGAAGAAGUGUAGAGAGAGAUUAAGAAGUCGUAGCGGGAUUUGUUGUUGUUGUUAUUUAUACGCGUUAAAUAUAAGUGUUAUUUUGUUAUUUGCCUCUUUUUUUAUUGUUAUUGGAGUUACUUGUUGCGAAGUUCGAGCGAGAGAGAGAAAGAGAGAUAAAAGAGAGAAAGAAAAAGAAUUCGUUAUAUACAUAGCAAGGCAAUCGUUACAGUGUUGGUAAUAGUGAAACGUAAGUGUAUUUUUGUGUCAAACUUCUGUUCAAGUUUUAAGCCUUAAGUUGCGAGAUGUAGGCUUUUGAAAGUCCGAGAAAUUAAAAUCGUCGGGAAGAUCUGUGUAUAUUGUCUUAAAUGGGUUAAAUUACCCUCUUUGUUUUCCUUCUCGACAACCACAAAAAUGGUUCUUAUUUAACGGAAUGUUAGCUGUGAGUAAAAGAUGUUUUCUCAUUGAGGAGGAUAGUAGAAGUAACCAUUAAGGGGAAAAGAAGUGGAUGAGAUAUGCAAAUUGAUAAGGAAAUGCGAGUGCUAUGAGAGAAAGGUAAACAGAUGAUAGUACAUAAAUAAGGAAUACAAACGAAACGAGAAGAAUAAGAAGAAAGAAGAGAGAGAGGAAAAAAAGAAAGGGAGAGGACAGAACGCGAGUGGUUUCUAUGAAGCCGGCGUUAAGAUGCUUACAAGGAGGCAUUAAGGAACUCGCGAAAAAAGAGAUAAGCAACAACAACAACAACAACAACACCAGCGGGAGCUUAUCAAAAGGAGAAGAAAGAGGGAAGAGGAGAGAGAGUGAUAGAGAGGGAGAGAGAAGAUAGAAGAAAAAAAAAAUAGAAAAAAAACACUCGACAAAAGAAAGAAAGAUAAGAGAGACCAAGAAUAUAAAAAAAAGGAGUGAAGAUUCUCUCCUUCCCUCACCACCUCCUCCUACCUACCUACCUCCCCCUCCCCCCCACGCAGCCUCGAGGAGUAAGAGAGGAAGAAAAGUCUUUUAAGAAGAGUCUUAAGAAGAGGAAGAAAGAGGACGCAAAGGUCGUGGAAUCAGUGGGCAUGACUUCCGUCGGUUAGGUCGAGUGGGCGGUUCCCGUCUCCAUCAACCCAGGAUGAGCCUGCUGGGGAAGCCCCUCAACUACAAGACCUCACGGAGAGACGUGAGGUACCGUCGUUCUCAGGCGAGGGUCUACAAUUUCCUCGAAAGGCCGCGGGGUGUCAAGGCUGUCAUUUACCACUUGACUGUAUUCUGCACCAUCUUCACUUGUCUGACCCUGAGCGCCUUGUCCACAGUACACGAUUAUGAAGACAGCGCUACGCAAGUCCUUUUCUAUAUUGAGUCCUUUGUUGUGGUUUGGUUCACCAUCGAGUAUUUCUUGAGACUGUGGUCGUCAGGAUGCCGUUCCAGAUACCAAGGCAUUUGGGGCAGAAUGAAAUAUGCCAAGAGACCAUUCUGCUGCAUAGACAUGGUGACCAUCGUAGCGUCGGUGGUCGUGCUGGCCAACGGCACGGGCGGCCAGGUCGUGAAUGCGGUUCGCGGGCUCCGGUUCUUCCAGAUCCUUCGCAUGGUGAGGAUGGACCGGCGGGGGGGCACGUGGAAGCUCCUCGGCUCGGUGGUCUACGCGCACAGACAGGAACUGCUGACCACAGUCUACAUAGGCUUCCUAGGUCUCAUCUUCUCGUCGUUUCUCGUCUACCUGGUGGAGAAAGACAUAAACGACAAUUUCAAGACUUUCCCCGACGCGCUGUGGUGGGGGGUGAUCACGCUAUGCACGGUGGGCUACGGAGACGCUGUGCCAAUAAGCUACGGAGGGAAGAUGAUCGCCUCGGGAUGUGCUCUCUUGGGCAUCUCCUUCUUCGCACUGCCGGCGGGUAUCCUCGGCUCGGGGUUCGCCCUGAAGGUGCAGCAGCAGCAGCGGCAGAAGCACAUGAUCCGCCGCCGCCAGCCCGCCGCCACGCUCAUCCAGUGUCUGUGGCGAUGCUAUGCCGCCGACGAGCACUCCAUGUCCGUCGCCACCUGGAAGAUCCACCAGGUGCCUCUGCCGUCGCCGCCCUCCAUCAAGAUCGAGGAAAAGGAUAAGACCCCUAAUUCUACUUCGCUGAGACAGUUGAGCUCGUUACGAUUGUCUCCGGGCAGAAUCUUCAAGCACAACGCCUCCUUCGUGCGUCUGCCCACGAUUCGCCGCCACAGAAAUGCUCACUCUCCUUCCAUUAAAAAUAGACAUAUUGAUUCUAACCACGCGUUGGAGAAUCUUGUUAAUUCCAAUAGAUUAAAUGCGAGUCAUAGUGAAGAUUCCGUUUCAAAGGAAUCAUCUGAGGCAUUAUUAACUAAGAAAAAUUCAGAUGUAGAUGAGGACGACGAACAACCACGGGUCCUGCAGUUAACGAAUCAACACAAGGGAGCCAUCAGGGCCAUCAGGAAGAUCAAAUAUUUCGUGGCUCGCCGGAAGUUUAAGGAAGCUCUCAAGCCCUACGAUGUAAAGGAUGUGAUCGAGCAGUAUUCGGCUGGCCAUGUGGACCUUCUCUCCCGCGUGAAGACUCUGCAGGGGAGAUUAGACCAGAUUCUUGGGAAGCAAGGGUCGAAAGCCAAGGAUGUUUACGAGUCAAAAAUCUGCCUUGCGUCUAGGAUUGUCAAGGUAGAAAGACAGGUCGACGACAUUGAAUCCAAGCUAGAUCAGCUAAUCGACCUGUACAUGGAGGACCGCAAACGUCUUUUAGCGUUGCCUUCAGCUGUCUCUUCUGUGCCUCUCGCUCCUCCCUCUUCUGCGCCGCCGCCAGGUUCCCCAGACAGCAACAGCAGCGGCCCAACCACUUCUUAUGCUCCGGCCUCGGGAACUCCUUUGACAGCGCCUUCGUCUUCCCUGGCUGUUCCAGGUGCUCCUCCGCCCUACACAUCGGUUCUCAAGCCCAAGCCGAUCCUGGUGGAUAAGCAGGCAUCAGAACCCAAUACCCCCACAAGCAAGCACUUUGAGAGACCCAUGACCAGGGGUUAUUCUGAUGUCUCUCAGAGAAUGAAAAAACGGGUUACUUUAAGCUCGCUGCCGUCCCGACACUCCUUGGAAGUGAAAGAACCCGACUUGCUUCAGGUGCCACAGGUCGUUCAGAUAGAGCAUUUGGCCGCCCCGUACAUCGACGAUGACUGUGAUUCUACCUAUCAAGAAGAUGAGUGCUGUACAAUGGUAACUGAGUGUGAUUCCCUAAUGAUCUCAGAAGAGGAUCAUACAAUUCAAGAGGAACCGGCCACUAUCUGCGAAGAGAAUGAAGUGUCAAACUUUGUCAUACCAACCAUUUCUGCAUCCGUGGCUCAGGAGGCCACAUCCUUGCAAGUUCCUCCCCCAAGCAUACUAAGUCACACAUCAGAUGUGAAUCACCACAACAGCAGUCAGCACCACCACUCCAAAUACCAUUACCCAAGACACUCUCUCUUUGGCCAUCACCACUCUUACCCGCCACCAUCGUCAUAUUCAUCAGCGCCGUCUUCAUCGUCAUACACACUCCUGCCCGUCCUUGAGCCUCCUGUAUUGGUGACAGAGAGCAUUGAGCUUCAUGCCACUGAGGGCUCUGCAUGCUUGCCGCCAGAGAUCAUCACCACCAUAGCAAUGGAGGAGUCGUCAUCUUCAUGAUGGUGCAAGAAAGGAAAACAAUGCUUCUUGCUCAGGGCACUUGAAAAUCCAUUAUUUUUUACCAUCUUUUCUCACUACUACAUUUGUGUAGUUAUACCUAAUAUAUCCCUCUUUUUUCAGAGAUAUGAAUUAUUCUAAUGUUUUUGUUUUUUUUAAGUAGCUUUUGGUAUACGAAUUCUAGGUCAACAUGUGAAAAAUAUUGGGAAUGAGAUCUCUCUAACUUUAUGUUUUCCUACUUGCUUGAGACAAAGUAGACUUGAUUAUGAACAAUAAGCAGCAAUGAAUCAAGAAGGUCCUCAGGCACUGAGACCUUCUUUUGCAAAGUAAUCUUUCACUUAUGUCAUACAUGAGGUAUCUGAGCUUUCUAUGUGAUAAUUGCUUAAUUUGUAAGAUUAAGAUUUGAUUCUAAAUAAGCCAUGACCCUCAGUUCUCUUCAUUUUCUUUGCUGACCUUGUGAAUUUUGCUGGAGACAUCUGUAUCACUCUAAACAUAUUUGGACAGCACUCAGACUCUUUAGUCUUCACCUAGAGGUCAAUAUAGUUCUGAAUCAGCUACAGAUAGGAGCUUAAUUUCUCUUCUAUUUUCACUUGGUAAUAUACAUAAUAGAUUUCCCAUAGUGGCUUAUCAAUGACUAGCAUAUAAUUUAAAGUCACUGGAUAGUUUAAAGAGUGAAACAUGAGGAGAGUAGUAUUGGUCAUAAAUUAACAGGUUUUUCCUCUUCUGGAGUGGGGAUAAGCUUGUGUGUUCAUCAAUGUCAAAAUGACAUAUAUAUACAUAUGAACUCUACCUAAAUGAGAUUCUGUACUCACUAGUACUUUGACAUGAUGUAAUGAAGAAAGUGAUGGGUCUAAUCAUGAAUAUUCUAUGAAAUACAUUUUCAUAUUUAUAUUCAGGUGUUUACAGUUAACUCUGAUAUAGAUCAGAGAAAAAAAUACAUCUUGUCACUUUUGGUGCUGGCUUAAGUCCAAUUAAAUAUUCAUAUUAGUUUUAAUAUUAAUGCAUCUAAUGAGUAUAUGAUCUUUGACAGGGGAUACUAAACCUUCAUAAUUUUAUCUUAUGAGUUUGGUUUCCUUUGUCAUUUCAUCAUUUAGAUCUCUUCAUCACACAAAAAACUAUGUCUUGGAAACAGUAUUAGUAAUUUCUGGUAUUUGUUACAGUGAAAGAAGAUUGCAUCUCAAUCAGCCCAUGUAGUCAUGGAGAUAAUGAAGUCUAUUCAUACAUUACCAGUCAUUCUUUCUUCUUUUUUCAUCUUCUAGGCCAAUGCAUUUUAUAUAAAUCAUAAUGUAUCAAAUACCAUAAUAACACUGAAGGGUUCCUGUUGCCAAGAUUGUUCAUUUCAAGCAAGCCAACCCUUGAAGGUAAUAAUGAUCAUUUUUAAGUAUGGUACUAUUCCUUGUCUACCUUUCACGUGAAACUUUGCUGCCAGUACAAUUCAAAUCAUGGAUUUUCUAGCACCGAUCCUCACCAAACAUCUAACAGAAUAGACGUUUGUGGAAGUUUUAUCACUUCUUUAAAGAUUAUUUUCAUACUUUGGCCUUCAUGAAACCCCUAGAAAAAAAUAAAUAUUAUUAAAUCUAAUUCAUAUCAAAGAUAUGGAAAAGGAAAUCCAGAGCUUUGUUAUUUUGGCAUAGUAGUAAAUUCUAAUUACCGUACUUUUGAUACACUCAUUUAGAAGAGAAACGGGCAAUUAAUGACAGCUGUCUGAUAACAUUAAUAAAUGGAUCAAUAACAGAGGUAGACAUUUUGAAAGAGCAAGAUAGAUAAGCAGCUGAGAGAAUAAUUGAUAGUUGAAUAUCAAAUAUCAUCAAGCUGUAAAACUUGUAUGGGAUUGAAAUCUAACUUAUUUGUAUUCAUUUAUAUGGUAAUAUUUACUUUUGCAUCAGCACUUUUUACUUCUUUCAGUGUGCAUGUGUGUGUGUAUAUAUGGAUGUGUGUGUGUGUGUGUGUGUGUGUGUGUGUGUGUGUGUGUGUGUGUGUGUGUGUGUGUGUGUGUGUGUGUGUGUGUGUGUGUGUGUGUGUGUGUGUGAGUGCGUGCAUGCGUGCAUGCACCUGUGUGGGUGCGUAUGUGAGUGUGUGUCCAUGUGCGUGUGCGUGUGCAGUGCAUGCAGGCAUCCAUGUGUGUGUGUGUGUGUGUGUGUGUGUGUGUGUGUGUGUGUGUGUGUGUGUGUGUGUGUGUGUGUGCAUGCAUGUGUACAUGAGUGCAUAUGCAGGUAUGCAGGUAUGCAUGUGCAUGCAUGUAUCCGUCUGUCUGUUUGUAUAUGGUAUAUAUCCCCUCAACCUUUUUUUUGAACAUUUAUCUGUCAAAAAUCUUACUAAAUCUAUUCCUAGAUCUCUUAGACUAUCUUUUCAAAAUGAUAAUAUGUAAUUGUGAUAUUGUACAGGACAAACUCAUAGUGGUGUAUUUUACGACAAGACUGAUGUAUUUAAAUAUUAACAUGCUGAAAUUUAUUUUUGAUUGAGCAGCUGUAAGUAAUGAGUCAUUUUUUCUUAGUAUAAGUAUUUAUUUUAAUUAGAUCAUUAGACCGAAAUAUUAUUUUCAACAAUUAUCUUUCAUGAAACAACUAAUUUGUCUUAGAAUAAAUCUACCUCUAUACAUAUAUCAGUGAAAUUCCAUGCAUUUUCUAGAUAAUGAAUGUCCUAUUCACUGUGAAUAAUGGUAAUUGAUUUUUUAUCAGUAUGUACUUCCCUUAUUGAGUUGGGAUUAUUCUGUAAUGAUAUUUAACAAAACUAUUUACUGUUUACUAGUUUCAUGAUUUUCAAACACUAUUUGCCACAUAUUUUGAAACAUGUUUAAGUUAUGGUAAUGACUUCUCAAGAUGUUUUAUUAGGUAAUAUCCCUCUAUGUAUUAUUUGCAGAGUAUUUCUGUUUUAAAAUUUAAGUCUUGGUUGCUUGAAUCCAUCUUAUUAAUGCUCCAGUAACAUUGCUGUUAUUAAAAAUAUUAAAAAUUUGAAAUGCGGCUACUAUCAAUAGUGUGCUAGAUACAGUAUUCCAUUACAGUACAAAUACUGCAGUUUACAUAAGGUCAAACAAUGUGUCUAUGCACAUUUUGGGUUCAUGAAUUGUAUAUGCAUAUAAUCGUCAUUUCCCCUCAUAUACAAAACAAUCAAUCAAAUCUAAUUAUGUAAAAUAAAAAGCAUCAGAGAUCUAAAGAUCUUGCUCCUGUUCUCAUCAAAUUUCAAAAAGUCACCCUUCAUAUAAUGUGGCGGUAAAAAGUUACAAUCAGCUUAUAAUACUCACAGGAGAAAAACCUUUUAACAAAAAUGUGUUAAGGCUUACGUUUGUCUUUCAUGUCCAUUACUCUCAAAAAUCACAAUCUUUCAUCACCACAUUUUCUUGUAUUCUUUCACAAUUUUCACAGUAAGUUAUAUAUAAUCAUAGACUAUAUAUACAGUUUUAAAAAAUAUAUAUAUAUAUAUAUUAGCGGAUUUUAUAAACAGCCACUUUGAUACAUACUAGUGAGGAUUCUACAAAAAAAAACUAAAAAAAAAAAAAUAGUUAGAUUUCAUGCUUUAUACACAUAGAAGAAAUUCAAUAGAAAAUUUAAUAGCUCUUACAAGAAGCAGUUUAAAAAUCACUACUUAAAUCUGCACGCCCUAGCAAAUACAUAAGAAAUUUAUACGCAAGUUAAGAAAAUAGAUCAGUUAGUAAUGGCAAGGAUAGUUUUUAUAUUCAUUACUUUUUUUUAUACUAAGGAAGAAGAUAAAAAAAAAAUCCAAGACAGGCAGCUUUAUGUCAUGCUCCUUCAAGGCAAGCUAAUUUGGGCCUACUGCUUUUAUUGAUUAUGGCUCAAUCUCCUAUUUGAUUAUCUCACAUUAUUCAUCAUAAAGUUUACCUUCUUUAACAUGCUGUUUUUCAGCAUAUCUGUAUUAAAUAGAAGUUUAUAUUUUAGGUAAACAAUAUAUUGUCAUUUGAAUAGUAUGACCGUACUUCUUUGCAUAUGGUUACAUAUUUUUUUAAAUCUUAGAUUAUACAAAAAGCAUAAUAUCUGUUUAAGGAAUUAUACUUCUGAGCAGAAUUUAAAGUGCCUAAUCUAAGAAUAAAUAUUUAGUUAGAGUUUCAUAAUCUUUUACAUUAUUUUCUAAAAUAUAUUUUCUGUAUUAUUUUGGGAGAUUUUUUCUAAUGAUAAUUAACAGUUUCAUAAACUUUAAUUUAAAGUGCCACAUGAAUAUUGAUAAAAUUUAAUUAUUGCAAAAACUGUUACAAAAGCAGAAGAUCAACAUGUAUCAUAUUGUGUGUCCAAAAGUUUUAAAAACAAAUUAAAUAUAUUUCAUAUUCACUAAAUUAAAUUGUUCCAUUUCUUAACCAAAUCAACAGCAAUGUAUAAAGAAGGUAGACUUUGUUUUCCAAUGUGUGCAGCCCUUCCCCUUGCUUCUAUUGUUAUGUAUUGAUAUAAAGAAUUACGUCGACCCUUGUGGGUUAUUGAGAUUUUCAUAUCUGUAUAUAUGGACGUUUUUUUCAGUUAGUGAACUGGUGGUCAAGGAUCUUGGGAAUGUACCCAAAACUAGGUCACUCUUACAAAUCACAUCUGUUGUUAAAUUUUAUAAGCAGGUCUUUACAAAUGGAUUGUUCUUCAUGCAGUUAAAAUAUAAAAAUACAACCUGAAAUGGUUAACGAUAUCGAGAAAAGAAAUUAUGACAAUAUGUUGAGUAAUAUAGGUUAUUCAUGGUGUAUUCAUUUAUGAUCAGGUCCGUAUAUUAUCAAUAUAUUUUCAGAAUACCACGGAAGAUUUAGUUGCUUUAAGAUAUUGUAGAGAAAAUUGUUAAUUUAGUUGCCUAGCUAUUGUUGUUAUCCUGUUAUAUUGUUAUUCAUUUUAGUAUUAUAUAACAUGCUUUCAGUGAAGUUUUGUCAAAUGUGAAAGAAGGAAAGAAAAUUGCUUCCAAAUUUUGCUCAUGGCACAUAAAAGUUUUUUUAAAAUAUAGGGAUAAGUUGUUAUACAAGUUAUUAAUCAGCAAAGCCAAAGGUUUCAACUGAAGGUGCCUGGGUUGUGGACAAUUAAUGUUUAUUUAAUUUGUUAAAAUACAACUCUUCUUUUUUUUUUCUUCUUUUUUUUUUGUCAAAGUCCAAGAAGAAUGUAUGAAACAGUAGCCAGAUUGUUAUGAUUAACUAGGAUCUUAUUUGCUGUUUUAGGGACAUGAGUAUAAAGAGCAGAUGCUAAAUCCUUUACGGCAAGAGACUGCUGCCUGCCAUAUCACACUGUUACAAAGUUCUACUGUAGCUUCAUUAGCCAAAUUUUGUUACAUUUGCUGGCAUCUCUAAUAUGAAGGCACAUUGUACCAUAGACCAUUUUCACAUUGUAGAAAGGCUCUCAGUUACGGAAGCAAAAUAUACAAGCUGAUUAGCAUGUAUAAUAUAUGAAUAUUAUAAUAUUCAUUGUUUGGUUAUUGUGAAUACUAUAUUUGCCAAAUAAAGAUUUUGCAAUCAA